CCGCGUGUGCCGCAACGUGCCGACUGCCGAGAAGCGCCCGAGCCCGAGGCCUCCAUCCCUCUCUCUCUGCAUUUCCGUCCCGUUCUCCCAGACACAUUCGAUUCCUCCGCCUUCCCCUCCGCUCCGCCCCGUGCCCCCGUCCCGUCCAACCCAACCCAGGAAACCGAAGGAUCUCUCCCCCUCUGACGAGCCCCCACCGCGUUCCAUGGCAGCCUGCCGCGCCUCCCCCUGAACCGUGAGAUCCUUCACCAACGAACGGAACGCGACCUCGCCCGCCGGCCACUCUGGUCUUAGAAGCAAUAAAAGAUGGGCGUAAUCAGCACAGUGCUUGGUUUCUCUGGAUUUGGCUUUGGAUUCUCAGCUGGUAUUGUUAUUGGGUACUACUUCUUCAUCUACUUCCAGCCAACUGAUGUCAAGGAUGUCAACGUUCGCCCACUUGUGGAAUAUGACACGAAAUCUUUGGAUGGCAUCCUUCCUGAAAUUCCCAUGUGGGUCAAGAAUCCUGACUAUGAUAGAAUUGAUUGGCUGAACAGGUUUUUGGAAUUGAUGUGGCCUUAUCUUGACAAGGCUAUCUGCAGAACUGUGCAGGAUAUUGCAAAACCAAUUAUUAAAGAGAACACUGAAAAAUAUAAGAUAGAUUCUGUUGAGUUCGAAGCACUUACUCUGGGUAGCUUACCACCCACUUUUCAAGGAAUGAAAGUCUAUGUCACAGAAGAAAAAGAGUUGAUAAUGGAACCAUCUCUCAAGUGGGCUGCAAAUCCGAAUAUCACCGUUGUUGCAAAGGCUUAUGGAUUGAAAGCAACUGUACAGAUUGUGGAUCUGCAAGUCUUUGCUUCACCUCGUAUUACUCUGAAGCCGUUGGUGCCUACAUUCCCUUGCUUUGCUAACAUCCUUGUCUCUCUUAUGGAGAAGCCUCAUGUUGAUUUUGGGCUAAAACUUUUUGGAGCAGAUUUAAUGGCUAUCCCUGUUCUUUAUAGAUUUGUUCAGGAGACCAUCAAGAAGCAAGUUGCGAGCAUGUACUUGUGGCCAAAGACACUGGAAGUCCCUAUAAUGGAUCCUUCAAAAGCAUCGAAGAGGCCUGUUGGAAUUCUACUUGUGAAGGUUGUAAGGGCUCAAAAUCUGAAAAAGAAGGAUCUGUUGGGUAAAUCAGACCCAUAUGCAAAACUUAAGAUGUCAGAUGACAAGCUUCCAUCCAAGAAAACAACCGUAAAGCGCAGCAAUCUCAAUCCAGAGUGGAAUGAAGAUUUCAAAUUUGUUGUAACAGAUCCAGAAAACCAGUCUCUGGAAAUUAAUGUCUUCGACUGGGAACAGGUUGGAAAACAUGAAAAGAUGGGCAUGAACAGGGUUCUGUUGAAAGACCUUCCCCCAGAGGAGACUAAAGUUACAAAUCUUAACUUACUGAAGACCAUGGAUCCAAAUGAUAUACAAAAUGAGAAAUCUCGUGGUCAGAUUACUCUGGAGCUGACAUAUAAGCCUUUCAAGGAAGAAGAUAUGGAGAAAGAGAGCAUGGAUGGUACUGAUGAAGUACAAAAAGCACCAGAAGACACUCCAGCUGGUGGUGGGCUGCUCUAUGUUAUUGUUCAUGAAGCUCAAGAUCUUGAAGGGAAGCAUCACACAAACCCAUACGCGAAGAUAAUUUUUAAAGGAGAAGAGAAGAAGACAAAGGUUAUCAAGAAGAAUAGGGAUCCACGGUGGGAGGAUGAAUUUGAGUUUGUUUGUGAGGAGCCACCUACAAACGAUAAGUUGCACGUUCAAGUCCUAAGUAAAGCUGGAAAGAAAGGGAUAUUACAUGGCAAGGAAACCUUGGGCUACAUUGAUAUAAGCCUGGCAGACGUGAUCAGCAACAAGCGGAUUAACGAAAAGUACCAUCUCAUCGACUCGAAAAAUGGGCAGAUACAAAUUGAGUUGCAGUGGAGAACUUCAUAGGACCUGUGCGGAAAGUGGCAAUGCUUGGGCGUUGCGAGGUACAUGGAGAACCCAUGCCAUAAAGCAGUCCUUGAAUACCUGUAAUUGGAGUCCAUGUAGAUAUUUCCUUUGUUUCUAGACAUCUGUUUCAUCUUGUUGGGAUUUUCUGUUAAUGACUCGAAUGUUUUCUUCAGACAACCUAGACUUGUUAUUGACAACGGAAAUGGAAUUAUAGCUUCUUUGUGAUGACA